AUGGUUUCUCAUACUUCACGAAUACUUAGGCAGGCAACCAAGAUUCAUAUAACAACGCCAAUCUUCUACCCAAAUGCAAAACCGCAUCUUGGCCAUCUCUACUCGUCACUACUAUGCGACGUACAAGCAAGAUGGAAUAAGCUAAAAUUUAACGAAGUUUUAUUUACUACUGGAACCGACGAACAUGGAUUAAAGAUUCAAAACGCAAGUGAAAAUCUGGGCUUUACUUCACCAAAAGACUUUGUGGAUAAACUACUUCAUCAUUUUCUUCAAUUGGAUAAGCGCGCUAACAUUGAGUAUACAAGAUUCAUCAGAACCACUGAUGAAGAUCAUGUAGAAAAUGUCAAGAAGCUGUGGAAGUUAUGCUACGAUAGAGGUUAUAUUUACAAAGGCACACAUGAUGGUUGGUACUCAGUCGCUGAUGAGACCUUUUAUCCAGCUAGCAAAAUACUGCAGGUGAUCGGUGAGAAGGAAAUUCCACUCUCAGCUUCUUCAGAGGGUACUGCUUCAGAGGGGAAAUAUAUUAACACUGAAACCCGCAGUGAGGUAUUUUAUCAGAAGGAGACAAAUUAUUUUUUUAGGUUAUCUUCCUUUAAUGAUCAAUUAAUUAAGAUUUUACUUGAUAAACCAGGCUUAAUAUACCCGCGUUCAAGUUACAACCAAGUUUUAUCAUCUCUACAAGAGCAGCCGUUACAGGACCUUUCUAUAUCAAGGCCUGCAACAAGAUUAAAAUGGGGUAUACCAACUCCAGGUGACCAGAGUCAGCGGAUUUAUGUGUGGUUUGACGCCCUGUGUAACUAUGUCACAUCCAUUGGUGGGGUUGAUGCCUUGUUAACCAAAAAAAAAGUUUCAAUUGAACACGGAGCUCAUUCCUUAGAUAAUUUAACAGUUGAUACUGCAGAAUGGUGGUCUAAUACGACCCACUUGAUUGGAAAAGAUAUUAUAAGAUUUCACACCAUAUAUUGGCCUGCAAUCCUUUUGGCUGCAGGGCUUCCGCUUCCAAAUAGAAUUGUGGUUCAUGGACAUUGGCUUUCACAAGGACGGAAGAUGUCAAAAAGUAUAGGUAACGUUGUAGAUCCAAUUGAAAUGAUUGAGCGCUAUAACGUUGACAUGGUUAGAUGGUACAUUUUGGAGUAUUCCACGCUGGAGAGUGAUGGCGAUUUUGUUGAAGCAAAUCUAAGAAAAACUAGAGAGCUUUUAGCUGCCAAGUGGGGAAAUUUAGUACAUAGAUGUGGCGGUGUUAAAUUCAAUAUUAGUAGAGCUGUUAGCUCAUUUAAUGGUAUAUCUGUCAACGACUUUGCAUCUGUGCUAAAUAAUGCCGCGUUCGAUAGUUUGAAGGGAAAGCUAGAUACCCUGAGCGAAGAUUUAGACCGAAUGAUAGAAAACUAUGAGCUAUCUAAUGCUGUAAAACACAUAUGGUCAAUAAUAAAUGAUGCAAAUAAUGUGGUACAGACUGGUGAACCAUGGGCGAAGCCAAAAGAAGAGCAGGAUAUGAUAAUAUACGCCGCUACUGAAUCCGCAAGAAUAGCUGCUAUUGCGUCGCUUGCCUUUAUUCCGGAUCUUUCCAACAAGUUGCUGGAUCGUCUAGAUGUUGAGCCGUCUAAAAGGUCAUUAGAAUAUAUAAAGUUUGGAGCUGAUAACAAUUAUGGCUCCAAGGCCAACAUGAAAGGAAGAGAAGUUCCUAUAAAGCGCUUAUGA